AUAGGACUCACUGAAGUUGGUUUGAGUAGAGGCACAGUCGUGUGAGGAGUGGCUUCUUGGGUCUUCAUGCAGCCAUGGAUCUGGAUAAACCGUCUGUCUGGGGCUCAUUAAAACAGCGGACCAGGCCAUUGUUCAUCAACUUGAGCAAGAAGAAGUUGAAAAAGAGCACAAGUAAGCCCGUGGACUUAAGGGCAAGGUGUCACCUGGACCGCCGCCUCAGUCUCUCUGUGCCUGACCUCCUGGAGGCUGAUGUCUUGGCCCCUGGGGGUGGGCCAUACUCUGGGCCCCAGUCGUCCUAUACAUCGGUGCCCAGCAGCCUGUCCACUGCAGGCGUCUUUCCCAAGAGUAGCAGUAGCUCCUUGAAGCAGUCUGAAGAGGAAUUGUAUUGGAGCCAGGAAGAAGCAAGCCACCUCCAUGUGGCAGAAACAGACUCAGAGGAGCUGUACACCUCUCCAGCUGAGGAGAGACAGGUGUCCAGCAACGGUGUCUUCAAUCUUCAGAAAACUCCCUUUGGAGGGGAAGCUCCAGAAGAGCCAGAGAAGCUAUGUGGAGGUGGUGAUCUGAAUGCUUCUAUGACAUCUCAACAGUUUGAAGAACAUUCUAUUCUUGGGGAAGCGGGUGAUGGCUUGAGUAACCUCCCCAGCCCUUUCGCGUACCUGCUCACCAUACACCUGAAGGAAGGUCGGAAUCUGGUGGUCAGAGAUCGCUGUGGCACAAGUGAUCCCUAUGUGAAAUUUAAGCUAAAUGGGAAGACGCUGUAUAAAAGUAAAGUUAUAUAUAAGAACUUGAACCCUGUUUGGGAUGAGAUAGUUGUAUUGCCCAUACAGAGCAUUGAUCAAAAGCUGCGUGUCAAGGUAUAUGAUCGAGAUUUAACCACAUCUGAUUUCAUGGGUUCUGCAUUUGUCAUUCUCAGUGAUCUUGAGCUUAACAGAACGACUGAACAUAUUUUAAAAUUGGAAGAUCCAAACAGUUUAGAAGAUGACAUGGGAGUGAUUGUGUUAAAUUUGAACCUAGUAGUAAAACAGGGUGAUUUCAAGAGACAUGACAUUGGUCAUGUUGGAAUUAAGGCCUACCCUAAUCUGGCAUCAUCUCAUCUUAACUAA